AUGUCUAAUGUUGAUGAGCCUUUAUACCCGAUUGCCGUGCUUAUAGACGAGCUGAAAAACGAUGAUAUUCAGCUUCGAUUGAACUCCAUUAAACGGCUUUCUAUCAUUGCUCGUGCUCUUGGAGAGGAGAGAACUAGAAAGGAGUUGAUUCCGUUUCUUAGCGAAAACAAUGACGAUGACGACGAGGUGCUUCUUGCAAUGGCGGAAGAGUUGGGGGUUUUUAUUCCUUAUGUUGGAGGGAUUGAGCAUGCGCAUGUUCUGCUUCCACCUCUUGAGAAUCUCUCGACCGUCGAGGAAACUUGUGUGAGGGAGAAAGCUGUAGAUUCACUUUGCAGAAUUGGUUCUCAGAUGAGGGAGAAUGACUUGGUUGAUCAUUUCAUUCCUCUGGCUAAGAGACUUUCAGCUGGUGAGUGGUUCACAGCCAGAGUAUCAGCAUGUGGUGUUUUCCAUAUUGCAUACCCAAGUGCCCCCGAUCCGCUAAAGACGGAGCUAAGAUCAUUAUACAGCCAGCUCUGUCAAGAUGACAUGCCAAUGGUGCGAAGAGCUGCAGCAACUAAUUUAGGGAAAUUUGCAGCUACAAUUGAAUCAGCUCAUUUGAAGACAGACGUUAUGUCCAUGUUUGACGAUCUUACUCAAGAUGAUCAAGAUUCGGUUAGAUUAUUGGCUGUUGAGAGUUGUGCUGCCCUUGGGAAACUGUUGGAGCCCCAGGACUGUGUCACACACAUUCUUCCUGUGAUCGUCAAUUUCUCGCAGGAUAAGUCCUGGCGUGUGCGUUAUAUGGUUGCUAAUCAGCUCUAUGAACUUUGUGAAGCUGUGGGACCAGAGCCUACUAGGGCGGAUCUGGUGCCUGCAUAUGUUCGUCUUCUUCGUGAUAAUGAAGCUGAAGUUCGGAUAGCAGCUGCUGGAAAAGUUACUAAGUUUUGUCGGAUUUUAAACCCGGAACUCGCUAUCCAGCACAUUCUUCCCUGUGUAAAGGAAUUAUCAUCGGAUUCUUCUCAGCAUGUCAGAUCUGCAUUGGCGUCAGUUAUAAUGGGAAUGGCUCCAGUCUUGGGUAAGGAUGCAACAAUUGAGCAUCUUCUUCCAAUCUUUCUUUCUCUAUUGAAAGACGAAUUUCCUGAUGUACGGUUAAACAUCAUCAGCAAACUUGACCAAGUGAACCAGGUUAUUGGGAUCGAUCUGCUAUCACAAUCUUUAUUGCCAGCCAUUGUAGAACUUGCUGAAGACAGGCACUGGAGAGUACGUCUUGCUAUAAUUGAGUACAUUCCUUUGUUGGCCAGUCAAUUAGGUGUAGGCUUCUUUGACGAUAAGCUUGGUGCUCUUUGCAUGCAAUGGUUACAAGACAAGGUUCACUCAAUCCGGGAAGCUGCUGCAAACAAUCUCAAGCGUCUUGCUGAAGAGUUUGGUCCUGAAUGGGCAAUGCAGCAUAUAGUUCCUCAGGUUCUAGAGAUGAGUAAUAAUCCACAUUAUCUAUAUCGGAUGACGAUUCUUCGUGCAGUUUCGCUUCUCGCUCCAGUAAUGGGAUCCGAGAUCACAUGCUCCAAACUCUUGCCUGUUGUAAUUAAUGCAUCUAAAGACAGAGUUCCAAACAUCAAAUUUAACGUCGCCAAAAUGAUGCAAUCUCUCAUUCCAAUAGUCGACCAAUCGGUUGUGGAGAAGACUAUACGGCCAUGCUUGGUUGAGCUAAGUGAAGACCCAGACGUUGAUGUUCGGUUUUUUGCAAAUGAAGCUCUCCAAUCUAUCGACAAUGUGAUGAUGUCUAGCUAA